UACAAAUUCUUUUUAGAACAGCGACCAUAUAAACAAAAAGACUCGGUCUUGUACUAAUGCAUGGAUCGUUGUGAUUUAAAGCGAAAGAAUAGAAUACUGUAGCCAGGAGAAAAGGAAAUCAUGAAUGCAUCAGAUGAGACGUUAAAACAACAGUUUCAGCUGCUGCAGGAACAGCAACAGAAGAAACUGUUACUGAGGAAACAGAGAAAGGAGGAAAAGGAAAAAUCAGAGAAAGACCAACUUAAGGAGUCCAAAUCUUUUGGAGCAUUUGGUGUUGAAGACGAUUUAGCAUUAACUUUAGCAGAUCCUCCAGCGCCUUCCUCAUCCAUUUAUUCUGAGGAGCUAGUCAACCACCUAAAUGAUCAGCUUAGGGAAAUGAAAGAUGAAAAUGGCAGGCUGUACAAGCUGUUGAGCGAGAGGGACUUUGAAAUAAGACAGCUAAAGAAGAAGAGAGAAGAAGACAGGGCUGCUAUAGCUGGUGGAGCUGGUGUUGCCAGUGAUGCUGCAGCCACCAAGAUUGUAGAAUUGUCCAAAAAAGUGCGUGAGCUUAGGGCAGAAGUGGAAGCAGAGAAAACGAAAGCAAGACAGACUCAGAAGAAAUGUAGAGAUCUAGAAAAUAAGCUUCGCUCAGCUGACUCUGAAGACUUGGCAGGUAAAGGAGACAUCCCCAAAUACAGUAACCCUUACGGGUCUCCCAGAGAUGACAAGAGUUUGGAACAAGAACUGAAGGCCACUCAGGAAAAACUACGACAAACAGAGCUCAAGUUAUCAGAACAAAGAAACCAAGUGCUAAGUGUAAAAAAUGAACUAAAAAGCACACAGAAGGUUCUAGCCAAUGAGGUUGGUGAAGGAGUCACAGUGCAGUCCUUGCUGAAUGCCACAAGUGGAUGGAGAGGCAGAGCACAGCAGAUUUUGGCUCUGCAGAAAAAGGUGACAGAGCUGAAGAGCCAACUUCAAGACAGACAGUCUUCUCUAGCGAUGGAGGAUGACCUUGAAGCACAGUUCAUGGGGACAUCAUCCUCCAAGAGGAGCACACUAGAUGACAGACACCAAACACAGAUCAAAAGAUUGGAGAAGGAGAGGAGAGAAGCUCAAGAUAAAGCAGCCAAUGAAUUAAAAGCCCUAGAAGAGGAACAUGCGGCACUGAAACGCAAGUUUGAUGCCUCAAAAGCAAGAAACAAAGUGCUGUCAGAGGAUGUGAAGCUCCAAAAGCAGCAAGUACAGAAGCUGUUAGACAAGGGCAAACAUGAUGAUGAACUGAUUGAGGCACUCAUGAAACAGCAAGAAAGACUCAAGUCUAUGGUUGAGCAGAAUAACAAGUCCCAACAGGAAAAAGAACAGUCACAGUCUGCCAAACUUCGAGAACUCUCCCAGAAACAGCAACACGACGUCAAUGUUGUAGAACAGUUGAAAAAAAUAGUCGCAGAAAAGGAGCAAAAAUUGCACUCUAUGGAGGAUGAAAUCCAAGAGUUGAGGCAGAGGGCCCAAGUCUCUGCGGUGAAUGCUCAGAUGAACGCGGCUAAUGCGUUGUUUGAAAGGACUUUAUCUCGGCCUGGAACUGCAACUAUUGUGAAUCCUGUAGUCAAUGACGGAAUGGCUCUCCACACUCCUUCUCCACCACAAUCUAGAGCCAGUAACAGAUCCACAUCACGACAAAGCCAAGUGAAUGGCGAUGCCACUGACAGGGAGAGAGCAUCAUCACGGAAGUCGGUACGCCCUGCAUCUUCACAGCCAGGGUUACUGAGCAAAGAAGAGCUGUCUGAACUGCAGGCCCAGUGCCAGGAAUACAAGUCCAUGUACCAUGUUGCAGAAGUGGAGAGGGAUAAAUUAUUGGAGCUAGUUAAACUGUUGCAGCAAAGAGAGGAAGCUGGUCAAAAGCAAUCCCAGGACCUCCAGCAAGAACUGGCUCAUCAUAAAAAGAAGAAUGUACAACUGGAAAAACAGCUGGGCAAAACAAAGCUGGAACAGUCCCAAUCAGCUAAAGGUUUGAAGAAGAGCAAGUCCAAGCAGGGGACAUUUCUUGUUGGAGAUGACACCAGUAAGACAGAGGAUAUCACACCAGAAGAAGUGGAAGAACUUCAAACCAAUCUUGCAAUCCAGAAGGAUGAGAACGAGGCACUAAAGGCCACCCUUCAAAGUACGCUCCAGGCAAAGGAGGAAGAUUUAAAUCUCUACUCACAAAUGAUGGAGGAAACCAAGAAAAUAUUUCUACAAGGACUAAGACAGUACAGGCAACAGCAGUCUUAGCAUACCUAGGAAGUUAUAUGCUGUGUCAGUCCAAAGAGGAACUUAUUCUAAUUUAGACCAAUCAAAGCAGGUUUUAUAAACCACAGGAAAAGGGUGAUGGUACAUAUUGUGUACUUUUUUAGGGCUGGUGUCAUUGUUAACUUAAGGAAAUAUUUGCAGUUUUAUCCUACCUGGAUGACUCCGCUUGAUGGCAUUUUGGCAUCACACGUGUAUGAUAUUGGUGUUACUGUUACCUUUUCAUUUCUUAAAUUUUUAACUUAAUUUACUAUUUUUGAUAUCUGGAGUUUAGUUGUUUUAAUACAUAUAUACAAAUUCAAUAUCAGUGGGAUUUCUAUAGAAAUUCUGAUCUACAACUUCCGUCCAAAUAGUUACCGUCCUUCGUAUUAUCACAUUUCAUUAUCAUCAGUGUAAAAGCAGUUAAAUGUUUACCAAAGAUUUGACAUUUUGCAUAAUUUAUUCCAAGGCUUUGAAACUUUACCCUAAGUUUCAGAGAUAACUAGAAACACACCAAGUCUUGUACUCUGGCAGAUAAUUUCUUGUUAUCUGAAAACUCUGGGUUUGAAACUUGGAAGGUGUUACAUUCCAAAGUGACCAAAACUUUCCAGAGUGCAUGUUUCUUUAUAACUAUGUUCAACUUGAUUUUUCCUAAGUUCAGGAGUGUUUUUAAAAAAAUUAAAAA